CCAAGUGCAUUUAUUGUACAUCAGGACACAUACUUGAGUAGCAGAGCAGUGAUCAAGAAUGGAGCUGGUUGGCUCUCCUUUAACUGCAACGCAUGCUCAUCCAAGAUCAACACCUAACAAGUUUCUGCCUGCCAUAAGCACCAUGGCUUCAAGCUAUAAGAACCGUUUUCCUUACUACCCUUUGCCUCAGACCUUCAGCCUCCCCUGGAUGCCCAGAAGCUACUAUAAAACAGCUGCCAUCAACCCAACUUUGGCUCCCUUUACCAAAUGUGCCAAGGGGGUAACCCCUGACAAUACACUGCCUUUUGUUCGCAACAGAACAGACCUCUUCACCCGCUACACCCCUGAGGACUGGUACCAGUCCAACAUGACCAACUACAAAGAGUCGGAGAACUCGCGUAGAAACUCGGAGCGCCUGAGAAAUGAUACCUGCCGCAUGAUUCAGGAUAAACAUCAGCAGACAAUGAAAACCCAAGGAGAGAGCACCAAAAACCUGGGAGUACGUGUCAACGAUAUAGGAUUCUGGAAGUCCGAGCUCUGCCAUGAGCUGGAUGAGAUGAUCAAGGAGACCAGGGCGCUCACAGAUGUGAAGAAACGACUGGAGAGAGCCUUGACUGAGACAGAGGCCCCUCUACAGGUUGCUCGGGAGUGCUUGCUUCACCGGGAGAAGAGGAUGGGCAUUGACCUUGUCCAUGACGAGGUGGAGAAACAGCUCUUCAGAGAAGUCGACAUCAUCAAGUCCUGCCAGGAGAGGAUGCGGCAGCACCUGGAUAAGGCGCAAGCCCAGCUCAUGUCCAACAGGGGGGCCCAGCACGACCUGGAGAGGGACCUGGUCAACAAGCAGGCAGCCCACCGCAUUGAUGACAAGUGCCAUCACCUGAGGAACACCUCUGAUGGGAUCAGCUACUACCAAGGGGUGGAGCGGGUUGAUGCCACGAUCACGGUGCCAGAGACAUGGGCCAAGUUCACAGACACCAACAUCUUCCGCUCCCAGCGUGACCGGGCAGCCUCUGCCAAGGUGCGGGACAACAUCGAGACCAUGCUGGCAGUGACGGCCAAUGAGAUGUGGAAGCAGUUCAACACGGUCAACAUCGCCUUCACCAACCGCAUCUCCGAGACAGCUGAUGCCAAGAGCAAGAUUCAGACUCACCUGGCCAAGACUCUGCAGGAAAUCUUUCAGCUUGAGAUGAACAUAGUAGCCAUCCGCAAAGCCAUUCGGGACAAAAGAGCUCCGUUGAAAGUGGCUCAGACCCGGCUGGAUGAGCGCACACGGAGACCAAACAUGGAGCUGUGCCGGGACUCUCCCCAGCUCUGCCUUGUCAAUGAGGUCUAUGAACUUGAUGAGACAAUUCAGAACCUUCACCAGCGGCUGAGAGACGCCGAGGACACGCUGCAAGCACUGGUUCGUGCCAAGUCAAUCCUGGAGCAUGACCUGUCCGUCAAAGCCCACUCCCUCUUCAUUGACGAGGAGAAGUGCAUGGGGAUGCGCAAGACCUUUCCCAUCAUUCCACGGCUGAUGGGUUACAUUUAGGCUGGGCUCUGCCAAACUCACAGUACCUGCAGCCAGAGACAUUCCCAGUUUUGCUAAGAUGCUUCCAAAACACACUAUUAAACUUUCCCUUCCUGAUGGCAGCCCUGAGUAGAGAUUAAACUAUCACUUGGUGUGUUCUAUGGUUUAUCAGGAUUA